CGCAGCUGCAGUCUGCAGAGCACAGCACAGCACAGCCGCGCGCGGUUUGCCUCGCCACUCGCCACCGUACUACAAGCACGAGCACCCCGGCGUGGACGAAGCCGGCCACCUCUGCUCCGCCGCAAUGGCGUCACCACGCGGCGCCCAUCGCCGGGCCAGCGUUGCGGCGCUCCUGCUCGCACUGUCCUGCUGCUUCUGCUGCCGCGCCGGCGCCCGCGCCGACCCGUCGUCGUCGGGCGAGCCGAAGGCGGUGCCGGCGGUGAUCGUGUUCGGCGACUCGACGGUGGACACGGGCAACAACAACGGGAUCGGGACGAUCCUGAAGAGCGACUUCCCGCCGUACGGGCGCGACAUGGCCGGCGGGGCCAAACCCACGGGGCGGUUCUGCAACGGCCGCCUCCCGCCGGACUUCAUCUCCGAGGCGCUCGGCCUGCCGCCGCUGGUCCCGGCCUACCUCGACCCCGCCUACGGCAUCCAGGACUUCGCCCAAGGCGUCUGCUUCGCCUCCGCCGGCACCGGCCUCGACAACAAGACCGCCGGCGUCCUGUCAGUGAUCCCGCUGUGGAAGGAGGUGGAGUACUUCAAGGAGUACAAGCGCCGUCUCCGGCGCCACGUCGGGCGCGCCACGGCGCGGCGCAUCGUCUCCGACGCGCUGUACGUGGUGAGCAUCGGCACCAACGACUUCCUGGAGAACUACUUCCUGCUGGUGACGGGGCGGUUCGCGGAGUUCACGGUGGGCGAGUUCGAGGACUUCCUGGUGGCGCAGGCGGAGUGGUUCCUGGGCCAGAUCCACGCGCUGGGCGCGCGCCGGGUCACCUUCGCGGGGCUCAGCCCCAUCGGCUGCCUGCCGCUGGAGCGCACCCUCAACGCGCUCCGCGGCGGAUGCGUCGAGGAGUACAACCAGGUGGCCCGCGACUACAACGCCAAGGUGCUCGACAUGCUCCGCCGCGUCAUGGCGGCGCGACCGGGGCUCAAGGUCGCCUACAUCGACGUCUACAAGAACAUGCUCGACCUCAUCACCAACCCUUCCACGCUGGGGCUGGAGAACGUGGAGGAGGGGUGCUGCGCGACGGGGAAGGUGGAGAUGUCCUACCUGUGCAACGACAAGAGCCCCCACACAUGCCAGGACGCCGACAAGUACUUCUUCUGGGACUCGUUCCACCCCACACAGAAGGUGAACCAGUUCUUCGCCAAGAAGACGCUGGACCUGUGCUACCAGGAGCUCCUGUGACGCCUAGAAAUGUUGCUACUAAUUAAUCAAAUCGCGGUGUGUAUAGCAUAGCAUUCCUCCCAUUGUCGAGAACGACUCGAUCGAUGUACUGUAUGUAUGUAGCAUGGUUGCUCUGUCUGUUUCCAUGCGUUGAUUCUUUUGGGCUUAUAAAUGAUCAUCAGAUCAGAGAGAUAAAGUUUACACGUUU